CACAACUCUCCAUGCGUCACUCCCGGGAAACCUGCGAGAAAAAGAAGCGCGAGAUAAGAACUUGAGCGCGGAGACUGCAAUGUAAUUCUAUUGUUGUGCUCUGUUAUCAAAAGGGUUUGGUUGCUUUUGAUAAUAAUCGCAAAGGUCUAAAAUGUGCUAAACGUUACGAAACUGCAUGCAGGACGUGGUACUAAACAUUCGAUCGUUGUUCCGGGGAUUUUGGACUUGAAAACAGCUAAAUAAGCGGGGAAAUGUCCUGGUGGUCGCGCGGGGAGGAUGGUGAAGAGGGGAUGUGUCAGGACACAGACUCUGAUGUAGCUGAGCAGAGAGACUGUGGGAAAGUCAAGGUGAAGUGGACCGGGGAAGAGGAUGAUAACCUCCGAGCCUUGGUUCAGAAGUUGGGACCAAAUGAUUGGAAACGAAUUGCCAGUUAUUUGCCAAACCGCACCGAGCAUCAGUGUCAACACAGAUGGUUUAAAGUUCUUGAUCCCGAUCUGGUGAAAGGUCCAUGGACAAAAGAGGAGGAUGAGAAGGUUAUUGAGCUGGUGAAGAAAUAUGGCAACAAGCAGUGGGCCAUGGUCGCCAAGCACCUGAAGGGUCGCCUGGGGAAACAGUGCCGGGAACGCUGGCACAACCACCUGAACCCUGACGUGAAGAAAUCCUCCUGGACCACAGAGGAGGACCUGGUCAUCUACAAGGCUCACAGUGUGCUGGGGAACCGCUGGGCUGAGAUUGCCAAACUCCUCCCUGGAAGGACGGACAAUGCUGUGAAGAACCAUUGGAAUUCCACCAUCAAGCGUAAGGUGGAGAUGGGGUACUACACAGGUGUGGACACCAAUCUGAGAGUGACGCGCCAGACUGAGCAGGGCGAAGUCAGCGCUCAUCACAGCAGCGGCCAGCCUGUGGAGCUGUGCUUUGAUGGUGCUGUGGACAAUGUUAAAGUGAUGGAAACUGUGCAACAGGAUAUUUCAUGUCCUGCAGUUGAAACAGUUCCUGUUAAGCCAGAGUCCCCGCCUUGCCGAAAAGGUGUGGUGACCCCCAUAAGGGACUCGGACAGCGGUGGGGAGUCAAGCAUGCACCAGUGGGUGGUGGACAGCUCUGGGUUCCUGUCUCCUUCCUCGGCACCCGCCCUUAAGGAAGUGAUGGAGAUGAUGGAUGGGGACAUGGAGAGCUGGUGCAACCUGGCUGACGUGACCUUUGACCUCCCCGAGGAGAGCCAGAGUUCGAGUUCGAGCCCAGGGGCCGGCCCCGAUCUGCUUCAGUUCCGGCUGGAGGGCAGCGCCCUGCACGAGCUGAGCAAGAGCAGCCGUGGCGAGCUCAUCCCCAUCUCGCCGCGCGGUGCCACGCCGCCCGCCAUCAUCGCCCGCCACAGCCGCCGCCGCAUCGCCGGCUCGCCUGACCCCAAUGACUCCAUGACCCCCAAGAGCACCCCUGUCAAGAUCCUCCCCUUCUCACCAUCACAGUUCUUGAACAUGUGGACCAAGCAGGACACGCUGGAGCUGGAGAACCCUUCACUGACCUCCACUCCUGUAUGCAGCCAGAAGGCUAUUGUCACCACACCCCUGCACCGCGACAAGACGCCACUCACUCAGAAAGAAAACUCUGUAUUUAUCACUCCAAAUCACAAGUCUAAUUUGGAUGCCAACCCCCGGACUCCAACACCCUUCAAAAACGCCAUGGAGAAGUAUGGCCCUCUACGCCCACUGCCUCCAACUCCAAAUCUUGAGGAGGACCUAAAAGAGGUUCUGCGCAAGGAGGCUGGGAUCGAAUUGAUCUUGGAGGACAACACUCCUCCUCCUGAACUGAGGCGCAAACAAGCACAACGGCCUCCGAUGAAGAAAGUACGGAAGUCUCUGGCGCUGGACGUGAUUGACUGUAACGAGUCUGCCAGAGUGAUGCCUCACAAGCACAUGCCUAAGAUGAGCCCUGAGGCUGAGACGUCACUCUCUUCAUCCUUCAACUCCUCCUCGUUUUCCUGUAAGAAAGACGACAACGUUCUAGAUCAGGGAUUCAUCCUUGGGCCGUGUGAGAAUGGAUUAGGUUCUCUACCAGAACCUCCAACCCCGAUGUCCCAGGAAUGGGAGGAGGUUGUAUGUGGACGGACCAAGGACCAGCUUAUCCUGACCCAAAAAGCCCGACGGUUUUUGCGCUCCUUAAAAACUCACACCCCUAACCGUGCACUCAUCCUGUCCUGAGUUGUCACUCACUUCAACUGAUGUCAGUUCUGUCCGACUUGAUUUUGUACUUUAUUUGGCUCUUUAUUUUGCUUUGUUAUGUUUUGAUGUCUAAAAUAAUCUGAAUGCUUUUUGUAAGAUAAAUGAGUGUUGCUUAAAUUACAUGGACCUGUGAUGCCCUGAAUUAGCAUCGCUCUCCUAGGAAGUCUCUGGAUUGACUGUCACUAGCCCAGCAUUGUUUUGUCUUUCUAUUCUCAUCUGAUAACAUAAGAACUGUAGCAUCUCUUUUCUCAUGUUGAUUGCACCUCAAGUUUGCUGCACCAUAUAUCUAGUAACCUACAUGUCUUCACCUCAGUACUCAUAGACAGUUGUAGAAGUACAUUGAAGUUUAAGUCCCACUGUUAGUUCUGUAAUUGCUCUUCUGAGACUGACAUUUUUAGGGAUAACCAGGCAGAUCUAUCACACUUGGAAUAAUGCAGCCUUCCCAUUAUUCUUCAGGUUUGGUUUGGAUCAGGUUUGCAUCUUAGAUUGUGAAAUUUAAACAGUAAUAAAUCAGUGAAGUAGAAAGACUUUGGUCAGAGCUGACCUGUCUAUGUGUGCUAGGAUGCUCAUACCGCAACAGAAUCAUCUACAUAAUAUAGAGCUCCUUAAUUUGUCAAUGAACCCUUCUGGAAAUUGUGUAUAGAAUGUGUAAUUGAAUAGGACCUUAAACUCAGGCAAACCUGUAUUUCCAUGUUAAGAUCAGGGUGAUGUAUUCAAAGUAUUUUAGUGAAAUGUCUUUUAUGAAAAAAGGAGAUAUGUUACAGCACCAACUGUACUUAAUUUAAAUGUAGGUCCUAGAAGUAAUUAAUUAUCCUCAAUUCUGUGAGUUGUUUGUAUAAAAACAUUAAAAUCGUAAUAUUUCAGAAAGGUGUCAUUGCAGUCAUUCCCCCCCAGUCUCAGACCUAACCAUUCUGACAGUUUUAAAUAGGGGGUGGGUUUAUUUUGGUGUCUACUAGGAAAGACCAAUGAGAAAGAGACACAAUACCUCCAAAACACCUCCCGCCCACUCACUACAAACCAGAAACAGUAAUAAAAUGUUGUACAUUCGCUGGAUUCGGAAUCACCCAACCAUUCUGUCGGAUAGGG